UUUCUGCAUCAAACACUCAGCUGGCGACUCACUCCAUCACACAACACAUCACGUCUCCUUCUCUUCCACUUGCUGAGGUUCUUCCCUGAAGAAGAAGAAGAAGAAGAAGACGAUGCCUCUCCAGUCCACUUUGUCCGGCAGGAGCUCCAGCUCCAUCCAGGUCGAGGACACACAGUCGGACGGGAAGUCAUUUGAGGAGCUGAGGCAGGAAUGUCUGAGCAAGGGGGUGCUGUUUGAGGAUCCAGAUUUUCCUGCUGUCGACUCAUCGCUCUUCUUCAGCCAGAGUGUUCCUGUACAGAUUGAAUGGAAGAGGCCCAAGGAGCUCUGCGACAACCCAAAGUUCAUCGUAGGCGGCGCUGACAGGACAGACAUCUGUCAAGGACAGCUUGGGGACUGCUGGCUCCUGGCAGCCAUUGCAUCCUUGACCCUCAAAAAAGAAGCCCUUGCCCGGGUCGUCCCCCACGACCAGGACUUCGACUACAAAUACGCCGGCAUCUUUCACUUCCAGUUCUGGCAGCACAACAAAUGGCUGGACAUCGUGGUGGACGACAGGCUGCCAUCGGUGAGAAAUCAGCUCAUCAUGCUUCACUCCGCCUCCAACAACGAGUUCUGGAGUGCCCUGCUGGAGAAAGCCUAUGCCAAACUACACGGCAGCUACGAGUCCCUGAAGGGCGGCAGCACAAUGGAGGCCAUGGAGGAUUUUACCGGUGGUGUGGGGGAAAUGUAUGACACCAAGCAAGCUCCUGACAACUUGUUCUCGAUCAUGAAGAAGGCCCUGGACAGAGGCUCCAUGAUGGGAUGCUCUAUUGAUAUUAGCAGCUCUGCAGAGUCUGAGGCCAAAACGACCACCGGCCUGGUGAAAGGACAUGCAUACUCCAUCACAGGCCUGGAGCAGGUGAACUACAGAGGUAGGACGGUCCAGCUGAUCCGGAUCAGAAACCCCUGGGGUCAGGUUGAGUGGAAUGGCCCCUGGAGUGAUAAUUCCAGUGAGUGGGGUUAUGUUGACAGUGCAGAAAAGAAGCGCAUCCUGAAUAAUUCAGAGGACGGUGAAUUCUGGAUGGAGUUUGAGGACUUCAAGAGAAACUACGACAAGGUAGAGAUCUGCAACAUGACCCCUGAUGACCUGACCGACAACACAAAGCGCCACUGGGAGGUCAGCAUGUUUGAGGGAAACUGGAUCCGUGGUUCCACUGCUGGAGGCUGCAGGAACUACAUCGACACAUUUUGGACUAACCCACAGUUCAAGCUGCAGCUGGAGGACGCUGAUGAUGAUGAUGAUGUGUGCAGUGUGGUAAUCGCUCUGAUGCAGAAGAACAGACGAAAGCUGAGAAAGGAAGGCCUGGACAUGGAGACCAUCGGCUUCACAGUGUACGAGGCUCCAGAUGAAGAGGACCAAGUGGGGAAAGAUUUCUUCCGCUACCAUGCGUCCAAGGCUCGCAGCAAGACCUACAUCAACAUGAGAGAGGUGUCGGAGCGCUUCACACUGCCUCCUGGAAAAUACCUGCUGAUUCCCACCACCUUUCAGCCUCACCAUGAGGCCGACUUCCUCAUCAGAGUCUUCUCUGAGAAGCAGGCCACAGCACUUGAAAUGGGAAGCAAUGUUGAUGCUGACCUUCCAGAUCCACCCCCACCCAGCGCUCCAGAGGAGGAAACAGAUGAGGAGAAAGGCCUGAGGAGGCUGUUUGAACAGCUGGCUGGUGAGGAUCAGGCUAUCUCCGUCAGAGAGCUGAAGCAGAUGCUGGAUGGUGUUCUCAGCAGACGAAAAGAGAUCAAAUUUGAUGGCCUGACCCUCAGCACCUGUCACAGUAUUAUCAACCUGAUGGAUGUGGACAACACGGGGAAGCUGGAGUUCCAAGAGUUCAAGGUCUUCUGGGAAAAGAUGAAGAAGUGGAUUAUGCUCUUCUUGUCCUUUGAUACUGACCGCUCAGGAAAGAUGUCAUCUUACGAGCUUCGUAUCGCUCUCAAAGCUGCAGGCAUAAAUCUGAACAACAAGCUCCUGCAGCUGAUUGGCUUGAGGUUUGCUGACAGCAACUACGACAUCGACUUCGAUGACUACCUCACCUGCAUCGUCCGUCUUGAGAACAUGUUCAGAGUUUUCCAGGCUAUGGAUAAAUACAAGAGGGGACGUGUGAACAUGAACAUGAUGCAGUUCCUGUUAAUGUCGAUGAAUGUCUGAGGAGACGGUGAAAGCAAACAGAAGCCACCAGAAGAACAAAACACACAAACUGUGUUGCAGUGCUAUGUGUUGAAUACUCGGGCUGAAAUGAUGAAUACAUGCAUUUUCUUUUUCAUGUCUCAGUCUCUCAACAUCUAUCUGUUGUUGAACAAUUAAUGUGAGAUACUAUGUGUGCUAAAGUAUUUGAAACGGGGGGAUCAGGUGUUAAAAUCUGCUGACUUGGGGUUUUGGAUUUUCUCUGCUCUUUGCAUGAAUGGAAAUGAAUUUUAAAUAAAACCUUCUGGCUUUGAUGUGGAGAAAUAAGUUGGACAGAUUUCAGUUAAAUUUGUUAAUAAUGAAUAUUUAUAUUCAUAUGAAAAUGUGGACUGAUUAAAAAGUUUUUCUUAAUAACUACAAUAAUUAGAGAGUCAGCCAGGUUCACAUAAGUCCUAUAGGAUGUGCAGUUAGUUUGUGUUUUUCUAUGACCAUCCAUUCAGUGAUUGCAAUGAAAAUGUAGAGCGACUGAAACGAUUAAUAAAUUGUUAAUUAGUUUGAUCAGUCAAAUAUUUUUGUGUGGCAGUGGUGAAGAUUAUCUGCUCGCAUGGCUAUACAGAUGUCAAACUGACCAAAAGGUCACAUGUUACCCUGCUGCUCAUCAAGCUCCACAGGCUACCUGUAACAGCUCGCAUUAAAUUCAAAUCCAUAAUGCUAA